AUGGAAGCCAUUGAGCAACGCAUCACAGAACAGGGCAACAAGGUCCGUUCCCUCAAGUCUUCCAAGGCAGACAAGGACGUGAUCACCGCAGAGGUCGCCAUCCUUAACGCCCUCAAAGCCGAGCUCAAGGCCCUCUCUCUCUCUGACCCCGCCGCUGCCGCUGCUACUGCUGCCCCUGCUACUAAGCCCGCAAAGGGUGAUGACAAGAAGGGCAAGGGCGCCUUCACCCUCAAGAACGCCAAGGGUACCAAGGAUUACACUCCUCAAGAGAUGGCUGUCAGGGAAAAGAUCUUUUCGACCAUCAUCAAAGUCUUCAAGAAGCACGGAGGCACUACCAUCGACACACCCGUCUUCGAGCUCAAGGAGAUUCUCUCUGGAAAGUACGGCGAGGACAGCAAGUUGAUCUACGAUCUCGAGGACCAAGGAGGCGAAAAGUGCUCGCUUCGUUACGAUUUGACUGUUCCUUUUGCCCGCUUCUUGGCCAUGAACGGAAAGGAGUACCAGAACAUCAAGCGCUACCACAUCGCCAAGGUCUACCGUCGCGAUCAGCCCGCCAUGACCAAGGGCCGCAUGAGAGAGUUCUACCAAUGCGAUUUCGAUGUUGCUGGAACAUACGACGCCAUGAUCCCCGAUAGCGAGUGCUUGAGAGUGUUAGCCGAGUGCUUGACAGAGUUGGAUUUGGGCGAUUUCACGAUCAAGCUGAACCACCGCAAGAUUCUGGAUGGUAUCUUUGAGGUCUGCGGUGUCCCCGAGGACAAGAUCCGCACCAUCUCGUCUGCCGUCGAUAAGCUAGACAAGCUCCCUUGGGCUGAGGUCCGCAAGGAGAUGACCGAGGAGAAGGGUCUUGACCCCAAGGCUGCUGAUCUUAUCGGUGAAUACGUCCAGUUGAAGGGUGGCGCUGAGCUCUUGGAGCGCUUGUAUGCCGAUGCCAAGUUGGGCGCUAACACUCGUGCCAAGGAGGGUUUGGAUGACAUGACCCUUUUGUUCAAGUACCUGAACGUCCUCAACGUCACUCGCUACGUCUCCUUCGAUCUCUCCCUUGCUCGUGGUCUUGACUACUACACCGGCUUGAUCUACGAGGCCGUCUUGGAAGGCUCUGCUCCUCCCACUUUGGCAAAUGGAGAGAAGGCUCGUGCUACGGUCAAGAAGGGCACUGACGAGUUGGACGAGAGCACUGUCGGUGUUGGAUCGAUUGCUGCAGGAGGACGGUACGACAACCUUGUGGGCAUGUUCUCUGGCACCAACAAGAAGGGCCAGCCCAACCUGCUCAUCCCCUGUGUCGGUAUCUCGAUCGGAGUCGAGCGUGUGUUCUCGAUCCUGAUGCAGAAGCAAAAGAAGGAGGAUAUCAAGAGUAACGAGGUCGAGGUCUACGUCGUUGGGUUGGGAGGUGUCUCUGUCGAGGAGAGGAUGAAGAUUUGUACUGAGCUUUGGGAUGCCGGUAUCAAGGCCGAGUUUGCUUACAAGCUGAAGCCCAGGACGCAGAACCAAUGGGAUGCCUGUGAUCGUGACAUGAUUCCCUUUGCGGUCAUUGUUGGAAACGAUGAGAUUGAGAAGGGACUUAUCAAGAUCAAGGAUAUGCGCUCCAAGGAUGAGUCCCAGAAGGGAGGAAUCGAGUACCCCCGUACCCAGAUGAUUGCCGAGAUCAAGAGCCGUCUUGCCCAGCUUUAG